UAUGAUUUUCACGAUUUUCCGAAUCGAACUUCACGUUUCUUGUCUUAUUCUUUCUCUUUGUCGCAUGUGAUUUAUAAAACGAUCGGUGAACAAAUUUUUUAACCAAGAUAAACAGAUCGCUGGAAACCCGAAACAUUACAAGUAAUAAAAAUGAAGCAUUUCUAAGAAUUUAGUUUUUUGAAUUUAGUUUAUUGAAUUAUUUACUGAAUACAGUUUAUUGAAUUACGGGAUAUCGAUGUUGCGAAUGUCGUUCCCAUCGAAGCCUUGUAUAAACCUAAUCUUAUUAGACAUUUUAAGCCGUAAUCCGCGUAUUGCUGUUAACCGAAGAAAAUUAUUUUCAUUUCUCUACGAGAGAAAAAUGUUUGUUGCGAGAUUCAUUUUUAUUUAGUAUUAUAAUAAAUAUAUUGUUAUUAUUAUUUUUUUUUAUUAUUAUUGUUAUUGUUUGUUGUUGUCGUUAUUGUUAUUGUUAUUGUUAUACAUAGAAAACUAUUUCAAGAGAGAACUGUUAAUCUUUAAUUUAUACAUUUACCUUUUUUUUUGUAAUACCCGCGUAAAUUCGAAGAGUUCUUUUGUUUUGUUUCAAAAAGUCAAAUACUCUAUUCAAAUUAUUAAAAAUAUUAAUAUUAUUUAAAAUACUUUUAAAAAUUGAAUGAUGAUUGAUGAAAUCCAUUAGCAAUAGCAACAGAAACUUCUUGUUUUUAAUAACUCAAUUUAAUGACAAUAACAAAUUUGCACUUGUUGUUUGCUCAAAUAUUAAAAUUAGGAAAGAUUCCUACAAGUUCUAUCAUAUAUUCGUAAAUAUAUAUUAACAUUGCUUUCGAAACGUAAUUGUACUAUUUAGUGCUGUAUAUGGAAUGAUCGAUGUAUCAUAUUAAACAAGAUGUCUGGAAGGCAACGUGGUCUAUUCCGAAUGAUAUUUAGAGAUUUUUUAGCAUCAAUUAGACCUACCAUUAAUAGACCAAAGUUGAUGGGAGAAGAUUAUUUUGGAACUAAAUAUUAUGAAGUAUCAAUAAAUUCCACAUCUAAAAAAAAGAGACCUUCUCGAUAUUUUGAAGCUAUAAAUGAUGAUUUUGAACAAGAAAUACCUGCAGAAUGGGAAGCUUGGUUGAGACACCGUAGGAAGGAACCACCAACUUUUACAGAAAUUGAGACAAAUUAUAAAAUUCAAGUAAUUAAGAAAUUGAAUGCAGCUGAAAAAUUAGAAGCUUCUAAAAAGGAAAUAGAAGCUUUGAAGAAAACUGAUAUACCUGUUGAAAAACGUGGAUAUGAAAGCUUUCCUACCUACGAGGAAUAUAGUCCUACAAAUAAAUUAGCUGAAUUAAAAUCUAAGUUAAAACCAAAAUAGCUUAUUGUUGAUAAUAAAUGUAUGUAGGUAAAUAAAAAAUAAAAAAAGAAUAUACACUUGUGUUAUGGUUAUAA